CAUGCCCGCCCUCAGAUGCAUGCUGCUGCCGCUCCAGCACUAUCCUGUUGUCCCACAGUCCAGGAAGUUGGAAUCCAAUGACCUGAGUCGGAUGUAUUCAGUGAUUCUAAGUCAUGAUAUCGCUUGUUGUGAUACUGGUUGUAAGUGUACAACUAUGGCCCGCUCGAGGGUCCCACGAUGUAGCAGAUCACGAUGCCUUCGGGACGGGUGUCCGUUCCCUGGAGGUUGAUCUGAGCGUGGAUCUGUCUCGGAUUGUCCGGGAGGUGGACGAGCGCUUUCUGUCCGUGGCUAUUGAUGCCAGCCUUGUGGCCGAGGAAAGGUUCAUGUACAUGCUGGGGUCCCCAAAACUCAGGACGCUAGCCAAAGCGUUAUCCCCGUCCUAUCUGAGAUUCGGAGGGACCAGGCAGGAUUUCAUGGUGUUCAAUCCAGAGAAGUACCUCAUGCGGUCCCAUGGUUAUGAUCAACAGAAACCCGGUUUGAGUGCCGGACCAGAAGAUAGUUGUAAGAAGAUGGAGUUGCCUACACUACUGGAGGCGAGGUUGAAGAAGCAGUGGAUUCAACAGCAAGCACUACUCCGAAAAGAGGAUCUGCAGAUGAAGUACAGAAGGCGGGUAAAGUUUACAGAGUACUCUGUGGACCUCCUGACCUCCUUUGCCAACUGCACUGACAUGGACCUCAUCUUCGGUCUGAACGCCCUGCUGCGCACCUCCGACAACAUCUGGAACAGCAGCAACGCCCGGUCCUUGAUCAAGUACUGUGAGUCCCAGCAGUACCGCAUCUCCUGGGAGCUGGGCAACGAACCCAACAGCUAUGAGAAGAAGGCCGGUAUCCGGGUAUCCGGGUCCCAGCUAGGGGAGGACUUUGUUAAUCUCAGAGAAAUAUUACAAGACUCCAAGUUGUACCACAACACGGGCCUGUACGGCCCAGAUAUCAGCCAGCCGCGGGACCACCGGAAAGACCUGCUGCAAGGGUUUCUGACUACUGGCUCACAGGCGAUUAAUGCGUGCACAUGGCACCACUACUAUGUGAAUGGACGAGAGGCAACACUCGCCGACUUCAUCAGCCCACAGGUUUUGGACUCUCUAGGGCUGAAGAUCAGCGAAGUUCUGGAGAGCGUCCACCUGGUGUCCCCGGGUACGAGGAGCUGGCUGGGGGAGAGCAGCUCAGCGUACGGCGGGGGAGCGGAGGGGCUGUCAGACGCCUUCGCAGCCGGAUUCAUGUGGCUGGAUAAGCUGGGACUUGCUGCUAAAAUGGGUCUGGACGUGGUUAUCAGACAGGUGUUGAUCGGUUCUGGAACGUACCACCUGGUCGACGACAACCUGGACCCCCUUCCUGACUAUUGGCUGUCGCUUCUCUACAAAAGACUUGUUGGCCCUGAGGUUCUGAUGGUUGAACGACUUCUUCUUGCUGGCCUCCAAAACCCGAGGCGGAAAGUGCGGGUUUAUCUUCACUGUGCUAACCGAAACAGAGGCUACAGUAAAGGCGCCGUCACACUGAUGGCCAUGAAUCUGGCUGCUAGACCAUCCAGGCUGACUCUGCCUGCCCUGCUGUCGCCCAGCACAGUGGAGGCCUUUGUCCUGCAGUCGGACCAGCCAAACGAGGCAGGACUCUACUCUAGGUCUGUGAUGCUGAAUGAGAAACUGCUGCAGAUGUUAGACGACCAAACUCUCCCCGAGCUGAAGGGUAACAUCCUGCCCCCAGCGGACCAUCUCUCUGUUCCUGGAUUCUCCUUGGCCUUCUUUGUCUUUACCGAGGCCGCAGCAGCAGCCUGUCAGUGACCUCUGCUGGACGAAGUAGGAAGUGCAGCACUGGACACACUACUGGCGUUUUUCCACUAUACUGUCCCUGUGCGGCACGGUUCCACUCGGCGGGCUGGGUUUUGCAUUUCCAAUACAACCGGUCUUCCAGCUUGAAGGUGUGUCUUCAACAGAUGACGCACUUUUCUUGAGUCGUUGACACAACAACACACACUUUUAUUCCCUAUUUAUUUUUAUAUCCCAUCAUAAAAUCUGAUCGAUUUAAUUUAAGAGACAUUUAAUAUAUUUAAAUUGUUUCAGAGGGACGGCGGCCCACAUAGUGAUAUUUACGAAGAUUCAAUCUGUUUGACGCGCUAUUUUGUUUCCUCAACAUAUUAAUAGCUCAUUGACAGCCAAUCAUUAUUUCAGAUUCGGCCUGUUUACACACUUUCAACAAUGUUUAAUACAUAUUUCACUCAGUGAAACAUGAUUUCCUUGAUAUUAGGGAAGAAAAUGUGUUGAAUAUCAAUAUCAGUGAUGUAAUGGUGUGAAAUAUUGUGCUAUGUCCUUUAGACCAAGACUAAUCUGAAAUAAAUCUGAUAUGCCAACAAGCUAUUUAGUUUUGCAAGAGAAUAUUGUCAAACUAAUGCCACUAAGGUGUGCUUCUAUUAAACCUUUAUUACCCUUUUAAUAAGGGCUUAUAUAGUUAUAUAGGCACGACCAAAUAAUAAAAAAAUAUCUGGCAGGUGAGAACUCUUCGUGCAUGGCGAUGUGUCUCAUAAAAAAUAAUGUGGUUUAUUGGAUUUGUAAGGGUCUAUACUCGUACAAAUGAAGCUAUAACCUCUCGCUCCAGACCGCAAUCAGCGCUGCCUUCAUCGCAGGCCACUUGGAGGUGGGUUUGGCUCACACUGGCCCGUUGGUUUAUACUGGUAGGGGAAACACAAAUCAGCGUGGUACGUCUCGGUAAGUCCAAAAGAAAAUGAAAAUACAAAAAGGGCCAUACCUGUACCACUGCUAGCACUGACACUCAAACCUGGAUAUUAUUUGACGCCAGAUUGUUAUUGUGUUGUUUUGUACAAAAAUGUCUUAUUUUGUUCCUUUAAUGGUCAAUCGGAAGUAUUCAAAUGUGAAUUGGUUUAAUAAAAUUAGAACUGUCAGUUAAACGCGUUAUUAACGGCGUUAACGCAAACCAAUUUUAACGGCGUUAAAAAAAUUAUCGCGCGAUUAACGCAAUUAUUUUAUUAAAUAAAUAAAUAAAUAAUAAUUUUAUUUUUUUUUUGGCUCAAAACAAAGAAGCAGUAGCCUGACUGCUAUGUUCAAAUGACAUUUGUUCAAAGCAGUCGUUUAAUUGCACUAUAAGCUCUUUUUUUGUAUCAUCCUGUUUUGAUCAGUAUAUGCCAAUGUUGUUAUCAAUAAAAAAUAAUUUGCACAAGGGCAAGCCGAUGCACUUCACCAUGUUAAUAAGAGAAUUAAAAUGAGAAGAAUUAUGGGACAAAAAAAUCAAGGGAUAUUUAGCAUAGAAACAGAAUUUGCGAUUAAUCGCGAUUAAUCGCGAGUUAACUAUGACAUUAAUGCGAUUAAUCACGAUUAAAUAUUUUAAUCGCUUGACAGCUCUAAAUAAAAUGUUUCCCAUGGAUUUCUGAGGUCAUUCAAUUCAAUACCACAUUUAUUCAGAGGUGUGACCGGGAGAGAGCAGUGUUGCAUCUAAAUUGGAUCCCCGCAUUUAUUCUCUCGACAGUAAAUAGUCUAUACAAAUCAUUUGAUUUGAUUUGUAGUCACAACUUUUCUCUGUUUUGGGACCUCAGUGGUGGAACGAGCUACCCAGCCCCUUCCGGCCACCAUUGUAUGUUGUACGUCCUGGCACUCAAUGUACACACUUAUUGUACGCACCUAAUCUACAUUGCUCUUAUUCAUAGUACUUAAUUGUGUAGCAUCUGCAGUAGCUGCUAUUAUUGCUGUACACAGGGAAUGGGUUAGCCUAGCGAUUGUUAGUACUUGCACUUGGUUCUAUGAACAUCUUUACUGUAGCCUACUGCUGUUGCCUUCAUAUUUAUUUUAGAAUAUCCUGAGCCAUUAUCUGUUGGUCUUUAAAAGUUUUGGUCCUGUUGCUUUCCUUAGACUUUUGAGAUCCACUUUAGAUAAUGAAUUGUGAUAAGGAUUAUUAUAUACAAACAAUACACUCAUUUAUAAUGACUUGACUUUGGCAAACAAAAUUAUUAAAUGCAAAAAGAACAAGGUCUGAUCUAUUAUAUUCAUAGACUAUGUAUUAAAAGUUGACAUGAGA